CAGCCCAUCCUCAAGUUUCACUACACGCUCGGACAUCACACACAUACACACAAUGAGCUCUCUCUUUGAACUGAAAACACUUCAUUUAAUGCACCGGAUUUGAGCAGCCACGGAUUUUUGCUCCAUAUGAGGAAGAAAAUCUUGAAAACACCUUGUCUCCUCUUGAGUCUGUUCACAAGUUUGAAUCUCUGCUCCGGAAAAUUUGGGACGCCGAUAACAGAUGAUGUGAGCAAGCUGUCAUUAUUGAAGCAGAAUAUCCCGUCUGAUUAUGAGAUUCCUGUUAGUUACAUUCCCAAAGAAGUGGCUGGCACGUGCUGGGUGGUGUUAAAUAUCUAUCCUUUGGAGCAAAGUCUUCGGAAGCUGGCCAACAUGUUUGGUGCCAUCUCCUCCAACAAAGAAAACAUAAUUGUCUUCAUUGCGAUGCUGAAGAGUUUACGCUUCACCUUUGACCAUGAGGAACUGGAAACAGCGAUGCAAGUGUUCCAGUGUCACUAUCGGGAAGGGAGCUUAAUGUCUGGUCUUUACUUCGACUACAUCAAAGACGUCUUACAUGCUGCCUCUCAAGGAACAUCUGGCUUGUCAUGCAAGCCGCCACCAUGCCUUAAUCCACAUCAAACACCAGGGGGUCAGAAGGAUGGUCGUGACAGCUGGUCCAAGAGAACUCCCUUGCUUCUGGCUCUCAUCCCCUUCACAGCUUGUGUUGUUAUCGUCGUGUGGCUGGUCAAGUCUGGGAGGCUUUUACCAGUGUGCAACGCUGAAAAUAGCCAAAUGGCACCUUCUGAUAUGAUCCCAACUGUGUCUAUCUCCAUCCCACUUCAAACACUCACCCACGCUGCUGACACUCAGCCAGUGGGGGAGAUUAUUCCUGAACAUGAGAGCGGAUGAAGCAUAAUUAAUAGAAAAGGGAAAUCUGGACCGCGGUAUAACAACUCACACUCCAGGUUGUUCUGUUACUGGCAGGAGCCUGCUGGAUAAACGAGUGUGGUCUGACACUCUUCCUCUGCUUCACUCAUCUGAGUGCAUGGACCCGAGCUACGAGAGAAUACUCACCUGCUGUGAAGGCAGGUGUGUCACAAAAUUCCCCAGGCACUUCUAGCACUUAACCAUCCAAAGAGGUUUUUUUGGGAUCAGAGGAAGGACUUACUACAAAAUGGCUGGUUAUGUGCCAAAAUGGCUGGUUAUAUGCCAAAAUAGCUGGUUAACUAU